CAGCUAUACCCAAUCUCAAUCUCUCUCUCUCUCUCUCUCUCUCUCUCUCUCUCAAAAAUCAACGUAAAUUCUUCUGUUGACGAAGCAUCAGAUUUUCUAGUCAGUCUUCUACGAUGGCAGAUUCACAGAGAAACAUCUCCAGGACUCAGACGAGCCGGUUACAGCGGCGGAGGCCGGCGUCGCUGCAGGUAAACCGGACGCCAGAGUGGAACGUGGCGAUUCCGCUUCUCUCGCCGCUUGCUACUUCACCAACAGCGGUGGACCUGAUGGCAGAUCUAACGCGGCAGAAGGAGCAGCAGAAGCCGCGCACGGAGCCGGAGAAACCGGUGGUGAUCAAGAAGUGGCAGCACCCGGCGGCACCGUUCUUCUACGAGCCGGCUCAGUUAAGACAGGCCUUUGUGCCUGUAUAGAUGUUUAGAGAUGAAUUUGUAGAGGCUUAUGUAGUGAUUAGAUCUAACAAUUUAGUCAAAAAAAAAAAGAAAAAAGAACCAUAAAGCAGAACAAGAUCUGGUAGUGUAUGUUGAUGGAGAUAUGAUUUUGUAAUCAACAUAUACUCUUUGAUUUCUGAUAACUUGUACACAGCUUUUCUUCUCCUUUUUUUUCAUGUUAAUAUCUGUUGCAACUCAGCCUGUAAAUUUGCCCAAUUGUGGAAGUUUUAUUCAACAAAUUGUGAUUGGAUUUUC